GGAACUACAGCUGUAAAAUAACCCUGAAACCCAAGUUACUGUAUAACUACUGUGUCAUAAUAAAACGAGGAAUUUCUCGACAAAAGUCGUCCACGACUGAGUCUGGAGUCGGUGCGUUAUGCGAUUCCACGGCGACUCCCCUGGAAAGUUGCACAUUGGCUUCAGUGUAGGCUUUCCUCUGUUUAAAUCCACCUAAAGUUUAGCUGUGUUUACACUUGGAAAUGCCUGUGACAUUCAGCAGACUGCUGAGUCCUGCUUUCAGACGGACUCGGCUGUUGUUUUCUCUUCAAAACACGCAGGCAUGGAGACGCGCGGCGCAGGUCCGCGGCUCCGCCGCAGCCGCCGCCUGCAGCGACAUGUUCCGUUUACACGCAGACUGUCUCGAGCUGAACUACGGCGGGACGGCGAUGCGGUUCAGCUACGUGUGGCUGCGGGACCACUGCCGCUCCGCCUCCUCGUACAACCAGGCGACCCGGCAGAGGAGCCUGGACACCGGCGGCAUCGACCUCCGCAUCCGCCCCGCCAGCUCCGCGCUGGACGGGGGCCGCCUGGUCCUCACCUGGCCCGAUGGUCAUGUGUCUGAAUACGACCUCAGCUGGUUAGCCGAGAACAACUAUGAAAGACAGCGGGGGGUUACCGUGCAGCCGCGCGUCCUCUGGAACUCGAGCAUCUAUGAAAAUGCAAAGGUGCCGUCGGCCAAAUGGGACAAGUUCAUGAACUGCGAUGAUGAGCUAAAGAAGUUUCUCCAGAACUAUCUGCUGUAUGGGAUUGCUUUCGUGGAUGAGGUCCCCCCCACGGUGGAAGCCACCGAGGCCGUUACUCAGAGGGUCAGCCUCAUCAGGGAGACCACGUACGGAAGAAUGUGGUGCUUCACGUCAGAUUUCUCCAGAGGGGACACGGCCUACAGCCAGCAGGCCCUGGACCGCCAUACUGACACCUCCUACUUUCAGGAACCGUGUGGAAUCCAGGUCUUCCACUGUCUGAAGCACGAGGGGUCUGGCGGGAGGACGCUGCUGGUGGAUGGGUUCCACGCUGCAGAGAAGGUGCGCCAGCAGUCACCUGAAAGCUUUGAGCUACUUUCCCGCGUGCCCAUCAGCCACGAGUACGUCGAAGACACCGACGGCCACAAAAACCACAUGGUGGGCAUCGGCCCCGUGCUCAGCGUUUACCCCUGGAACAAAGAACUCUACAUGAUCCGAUAUAACAACUACGACCGAUCAGUGAUGAACACAAUCGCCCAUGACACAGUCCAGCCAUGGUACGUGGCUCAUCGGGAACUGACCGCAGAACUGAGGCGGCCAGAGAAUGAGCUCUGGGUCAAACUGAAUCCAGGGAAAGUGGUUUUCAUAGACAACUGGAGGGUCUUACAUGGGAGGGAGUCCUUUACCGGCUUGAGGCAGCUCUGUGGAUGCUAUCUGACCAGAGAUGACGUCCUCAGCGCUGCACGCUGCUUCGGUCUGCAGGCAUGAACAUGCAGAGCCUUCCACUUCAAUCCUUAUCAAUCUGCCUAUAAUAUAGGUCUAAUUCCACUUGCACUCUCACAAGUGACCUUUGCACACAGCUCAUCUCUAUGUUGUAAUUCACAUUUUGUAGGUUUUAUCUACAAUUACAGAUUGUGAGUAUCUUAUGAUUUACACUUGAAAUGAUUAAAAGUAUAAAUCCUUAAA